AUGGUGUUUGUGUACCGCGUGGGUGCUGAUUGGAGUGGGAAGAAAGUAAUAUGUAACAAAUUUCCUUUAACUGGAGCCCCGAUGAAAUUACUGCCAUCUGAAUCUGGGUUUUUUACUGGCACCAGUGAUGGCAAAGUUAGGUCCUUAGAUUGCAAAAGCAACAAGAGUUCGAGCGUGUGGUCUACGGGCGUGUGUUGCGUGUCACUCGCCCGCUACGAGGCUACGCUUGCGUCGGGCCACGUAGACGGCACCAUAUUCCUAAACGGCCGUUUGUUGCUUCGCUACGCCUUACCGCCCACCGCCUUAUUACUUUUGUUGCCUUACGUUCGUGCGAUGGCCGCAUAUCCAUAUACGAUGCCCAAAGAGGGGCGCUCCUACGUAGUUUGGAGCCACAGUUGCCGCCCGAUCAGAGAGACUUUAUCGCGGCUGCGCCCAGCCCGUCUGGUCAGGUACGUGAAACCAAACGCUGACGAGACAGUAGCAUAUGGUAUCUUCGACGGCUGUUUGGUUGGAGACUUGAAGGAAUCCGGUUUGGUUGAACUGUCGCCGCUCAAUAUUCCAAACUUCUACGCAACGAGGGCGUUGGCUUGGAGCGGUGAUAGUACCAGGUUGGCGCUCGCCUCCCAGACGGGCGCUGUCAUCCAGCUUGAAGCUGUGCUGAGACGUUGGGUGUGGCGUGACACGGUGGAGGUUCAGCACGUUAGUCCCCGUCAGCUGGUGAUGACAAGGCUCGCCAACGACGCACCACCCCUCACGGUCACAUCCAAGCACGCGCCUGAUAUCUUCAACGUUCGUUUUGUUGGUAAUGAUUGGUACGCAGUGUGUCGUACUAGCACCACUUUGAUACUGUGCGAUAUCGCGCGCGGAUUGACAAGCGAGAUUCCAUGGUCAGGCGGUGGGGAGAGAAUUUACGCAGCUGUCGGUGGCGCGUGUCUUUUGCACCGAGCUGGUGAGCUCAGCGUCGUUGAGUACGGACUGGACCAAGUUCUGCACACUGUGCGAACGGAGCGUGUGAAUCCGCAUGUUCUUAGUGUUCGGGUGAACGAAGGCCCGACGCAUUCAGCUGAUCGGAAGCACCUCGCCUACCUGCUGGACAGGCAGACCGUCGCAGUCCACGAUAUGGUUACAGGAGUUCAACUGGGUCAGUGGUGGCAUGAUACGCGCGUGGACUGGUUGGAGCUAAAUGAGAGCGGGCAAUUGUUGCUCUUUAGGGAUACCCGUCGCACGCUUAACUUGCUACGACUUGACAAGGGCGAAAAGGAAACGAUUGCGCGGGGCGUGAGUUUCGUGCAGUGGAUUGAAAACAGCGACGCAGUUGUUGCGCAGACACAGACUCAUCUGCUUAUAUGGUAUGAUGCAUGGGAGCCAGGGAGCGUCGAGGCGGUGGAGUGCGAAGGUGGGGCGGCGGUCGGCGUGAGCGCGCAUCGAGUGCUCCUAGACGGAGGCUCGCUGUCCCACGUGCAGCUGGACGAGCAUCGCUUAGCGUUCAAUAGCGCUCUACGCGGCGGCGAUUUGGGCACUUGCGCCAAGUAUCUGGAUGGUGUGGGUGGAAGCGCGGACGUGACCGUGCUGUGGCGCCAGUUAGCUGACCGAGCGUUGUCUGCAAACGACGUUCAGUUGGCUGCGAAAUGCUAUCGCGAGGCGGGUGACGAGGCACGGUCUCUGUUCCUUGAUAAGACUGUGGAAUUGGCCGCCUCACUGACCGGUGGCGACGUCGCGGCGGGCUUGAAGAGUCCUUUGGUGCAAGCGGAGCUGGCCAUAUUGUCUGGAGAUCUACCGACCGCGGAGGAAUGUUAUGUACGGCGUGCCGGCCGGCCUCAGCUGGCCAUUGAGAUGUACCGCCGGUACAAUAUGUGGUCACAGGCUAUUGCGCUAGCCGAGAAGUACGACCCACCCGCAGUGCUCACGAUGAAGCAGCAACACAUGGAUUACUUGAUGUCCACCGGUCGGGUGGGCGAGGCGGGCGAGGUGCUCGCGUGCGGCGGCGACGCCCGCGGCGCCGUGCGGCUGUGGCUGCGCGGGGGCCGGGUGAGGCGCGCCGCCGCCGCUCUGCUCUCCCACGCCGCGUUGCUGCGCGACGACGAUCUGUGGCACGCCGUGCACGCGCAGCUACUGCAGGAGGAGUGGUGGGAAUUAGCUGGUGAACUUUCCGAGAGGAAAGGUGAUACGAAAGCAGCUGUAGAAUAUUACGCUAAAGGAAAUAAUUAUGCGAGAGCUGUUCAAUUGGCAAGAGAGGCAUGUCCGUCGGAGGUGACGCGUCUCGAGCGCGCUUGGGGCACGUGGUUGGUAGGAGCGCGGCAGGCCGGCGCCGCAGUGCCCCACCUCAUCGAGGCGGGCGACACGCGCGCAGCGUUGCACGCCGCGCUGCGAGCGCACCUCUACAAGAAGGCGCUACACAUCUUGCAGGUCAUUGAAGACAAGGACUCUAUUCGGGAGCAAUGCGUGCAAUUGGGUGAACAUUUUAUUUCUACCCAGGACUGGGAGACAGCAGAAAAAAUCUUGACUUCUUGUGGUAUGGCUGAACGUUGUGUCAAAGCCUACAACGCCGCAGGUCGUAUAGGAGAUGGGUUACGUCUGGCUGCCUCCUACCUCACCGAAGAGGAAACUAGACAUAUAUAUCUGCCUCUAGCCCAGCAAAUGCGUGAGGAGAGUCAGCUGAGAAAGGCGGAGCAGAUCUAUAUUGGGCUUGGGGAGCCGGAUGAGGCUAUCUCGAUGUACAAGGAGGCAUCCCAGUACGAAGCUAUGUUGCGACUUGUGGCAGCUCAUCGGAGUUCACUACUAGAGGCGACUAGACGUCACGUUGCGCAAGCACUGCAUGCUUCUGGUGACUUGAGGGCCGCCGAAAAAUACUAUAUUCAAGCUGACGACUGGAAGAGCGCAAUCCAGAUGUACAAGUCGAGCGGGCAAUGGGAGAACGCCGAGCGCGUGGCCCGAGCGCACGCGCCCGUCGCCGCCCAGCAGCAGGUCGCGCUGCAAUGGGCCGCCGCGCUGCCCCCUCCCGCCGCCGCGCGCCUCCUAGCUGCCCGGGGCCUAGCGGCCGUGGGCGCGCGUUGGGCGCUACAAGCGCAGAGG